CUACAAAUACUUAACAUUUUCCCUGGGGUUUCACUGCAGGGACAAUAUCUGUUUAGGCAAUUACGGGUGAAAUUUUAUCAUGUUCCUUGGGCAUUCGCUUCUGAACAGUGUUACAAUAAUAAAUGUCCUGCAAAAUGUGUUGCCGCCCGGACCGAAAGACCCACCUGGCGUGUUUAACAGAUCAUUACGACGGUACUACGAUUAUAUUAUAGUUGGCGGUGGUUCUGCAGGGUCUGUGCUUGCUGCACGUCUGACAGAGGACAAAACAUCUGUCUUGCUUUUAGAAGCUGGUGGAUCUGAUUUGGAAAACGAAGCCACUGUUAUACCAGGGGCAUCGGGAAAUCUAUUAAGGACUAAGCAAGACUGGAAUUAUCAUAGCGUUCCACAGAAAUAUUCAUCUUUUGCUAUGGAGAACAAGCAAAUAUAUUUGGCUAGUGGUAAGAUGUUAGGAGGAUGCGGGAGUAUGAAUAGUAUGGUUGUGAUCAGAGGUAGUCGCCAUGAUUAUGAUGAGUGGGCAAAACAAGGAUGUAAGGGUUGGAGCUACAAGGAAGUUUUACCCUACUUCAAAAAGAUGGAAACAAUGAAAAUACCGGCACUAUCGGGUUCACCUUAUAGAGGCACAAAAGGAAAAAUAGUUGUGACACCUAAGUCUAGCACAACUUUAGAAUUUUUCAAUCGGAAAGCUGCUUCGGAAAUUGGUUACCGUUCUGUUGAUUGCAAUGGAUACAGCCAAAUAGGAUACUGUCCAAAUCAGGCAAAUAUAAAAAACGGUGAACGUUGUAGUUCAACUACAUGCUACCUUAGACCUGUUAUGUACCGACGUAAUUUACAAAUCAGUUUAAACAGCUAUGUUACAAAGGUACUUAUUCGUGGAAAACGCGCUAUUGGGGUACAAUUUGUGAAAGGAGGGCGAACAUAUAACGUUUAUGCUCGUAAAGAAGUCAUCAUGUCUGCAGGAGCAUUCGGUUCACCACAUAUAUUACUUCUGUCUGGUGUUGGGCCAAAAAUGCAUCUUCGAAAGUUCAAGAUUCCAGUGCAUGCUGAUCUGCCCGUUGGAAACAACUUACAAAAUCACCCCAUCCUUGUGAUGCCUUAUUCAAUCAAUACGACGCUGAAUAUCAACGUGAAAAAAUUGACGGAUCCUGAGACUGUUUUAGACUAUAUACUUCACAGGAAAGGUUAUUAUACAACACCAUUAGUGGAUGGACACAUGUUUGAUAAAUUGGACAAAACUUCGCCUUCAAAGUAUGCAGACUCUCAAAAUAUCUUUGGUCCCACUGCAUAUGAAAGACCAAGUAUUGUUAAUUCAUACAGCAACUAUAUCGACAAGGUACAACAUGAACUUUUAAACCGAACUACUGACAGUUCAUUUAAUGUUUUUCUAUGUUUGUUGCAUCCAAAAAGCAAAGGAUAUGUACGACUGGCAACCGCUAACCCUUUAAGACAGCCUCUCCUGGACCCCAGAUUUUUAGCAAAUCCUCAUGACAUAGAAAUGUUUUUAAAAAUGAUUCGUUGGACACAGCAAUUGGAGAAGACUUCGUCAUGGCGGAGCCUUGAUGUUAGACUUAUUAGAUAUGACAUGGAAGGACAUUGUGGAGAAUUAAAAUUCAAUACGGACAACUACUGGAGAUGCAUUAUUCGACAUUUUAUAAUAUCGGGAUGUCAUCCAUCAAGUUCGUGUAGGAUGGGUUCAAAAAGAGAUCCAACUGCAGUUGUAGAUCCUACAUUAAGGGUAAAAGGUAUAAAAAAUCUGAGAGUAGUUGAUGCAUCUGUCAUGCGCAAUGUUAUAUCUGGUAAUACUAAUUCACCAACGAUGAUGAUUGCAGAAAAGGCAGCUGUUAUGAUAAAAUGUGGAACCAAAUAUUAAAAUCUAACAAUUACUGAAGGAUGUGUACCAAACGUAAUGUUUACGGUCACGUUAAUUUAAAGAUGUGUUUGUAACUGACAACUGAAAGUAGAAUGCACUAUAUGUUCUUACUUUUAUUUCUUUUUUAUUUCAUGAUUGUCAAUCGUUCAAAUUCUUUGGUGUGUACUUGUUUUUUCAUAUUUUUCGGUUACUUGUGUUAGUAGCAAGCAUGAUUGUUAGUAAGAAAAAAAAAUUUAUCAUAUAUAGGGAAGAAAAACACCAACAGGA